AUGAAAGAGCCAAGCCAGACCGCAGAUCCCCCCCGAGCCAGCGCCACAGCAACACCACACAUCGUUCAGUACAUUCGUAGGGGCACGCCGAAGACCACUAACCCCAAGCACACACAACCCACCAAGAACCAUCCAGCAAACAAGCAAACCCCACCCCAGUAUGAAGCCGAGAAGCCCGACGCAAGCGCAGAAUUCAGCGACGCCAGCCCUGCUGCACCCAUGCCCGGAGCCCCCCAAAAACAAAGCCCCCCACGAAAGUGCACCCCCACAAAAAGAAGACCCGCAGUCCUAGAACAUGCCCGACACCCAUACCCCUGCCAGAAGCAGGCCCGCAAGAAGACCAACACCGAGGCCCACAAAAGGCAAGAGAGCCCACAGAGCCACAACGAAAACCCAUCCAGAAGCCGAAACCAGUCCACCCCGAGACCAACCCUGGCCAGCCCGCAUACCCAAACCAUGCAGAUCCCUUCAACAGAAAAGGGACUGGCGUCUGUAACUGGAACCAAGACAAGGAACCAGAAACCAAGCCGGAACCACCCAAGACCAAACAACGCCCACACCCAUCCAAUGCCAACCACCCAUCCCCACCCCAGAAGGAAACCUGCACCCACCCCAACAUUCAAACAACUCCCAGAGCACAUAAGACAUUGGACACCCAGGUUGACCCCCUCCCACAGACCCUCCACCCCGCCAGCAGAAUGUGCUCCUUGA